UGGUAUGCCGGGUGACGGUCGCUGACAGGGGGAGAGACCCGGCUGAAAUGAAGCUCCCGCUGAGCACUCUCAGUGCUUCGUGCCUUAAACCCGACGCGAGACUUGCAAACGGCUAUUGCGCAAAUUUCCGCCCAUUGUGCGCCGAGUCACGACGAGCGCGGAGAGGAAGUUUGGCUUUGGCCAGUAGGGCUCUGUGCGCCACUUCUAUAAAACGCGACUGGGGCUUGGCUGUGUCACUCCGGUGCGCGCGCGCGCGUGUGCGUGUGUUGUGUGUUGUGCGUGCGGGUCUCCGCAUCAACAUGUCGACAUCAAGCUCCAGGAAAACGACUGAGCCAGCGGAGGAGCCCGUGGACGAGGUGCUGCGAAUGCCGCCGAUGAUGCUGAUGUGCGGCGGGUGCCGGCAGCCGAUCAGUGACCGCUACCUCCUCAAGGCCAUCGAGCAGUUCUGGCACGAGGACUGCCUCAGCUGCGAUCUCUGCGGCUGCCGCCUGGGCGAGGUGGGACGAAGGCUCUACUACAAGCUCGGACGCAAGCUCUGCCGCCGUGACUACCUGCGGCUCUUUGGGCAGGACGGUCACUGCGCGUCGUGCGGGAAGCGCAUCCGAGCCUUCGAGAUGACGAUGCGCGUGCGGGACAAGGUGUACCACCUCGAGUGCUUCAAGUGCGCCGCCUGCCAGAAGCACUUCUGCGUGGGCGACCGCUACCUCCUCGUCAACUCGGACAUCAUCUGCGAGCAGGACAUCUACGAGUGGAGCAAGAUCAACAUCAUGAUGACCUGAGUCGCCUGGGGAGGAAUGGCAGCAGCAGCAGCAGCACAAGAAGCUGAUGGAUGACGGAAGGCCUGGUGCUGGGAGGAUAGAGGCUUGCGGGCUCGAAGAGGGGGAGUCCAACCCAACGCAAAGGCGGCGCUCUGGCUCCAUGCAGGAUAUUUCGUUCCAAAAACUACCGACAGAGACGUUUAAGAAGGACGCAAGUUGCGUGUGGUCCAAAACAAGAGGAGUCCGAUGGAGGUGCAGCAGUCACUCGCUCACGCCACUGCUGCUGGAAGGGUCUCCACGAGUAGGAGCUCAAGAGAGCCCCUCUAGUGGUGCGUGUAUUGGCCUAAUCUUCCACGUGUAUUGGCCUAAUCUUCCACGUGUAUUGGCCUAAUCUUCCACGUGUAUUGGCCUAAUCUUCCACGUGUAUUGGCCUAAUCUUCCACGUGUAUUGGCCUAAUCUUCCACGCUGGCCAGGAGGUGGGAGCACCCAUGCUGUUACCCCACGGGCACGCGACCUGCCGAUCAACGAACUGUGCGUGACGCCUGUUUACAAAUGAACCUUAUGGCGGGACCCUGGGGUCCCAUAAGCCCCCGGCUCUCGCAUAAACUGCGUUGCGACGCCGUUGUAUGUCUGUUGAAGGCAAACGACACGGCGAUCUAUUCCUCUCGACGAGCUCUACACGAUGCGCUAAUCAAGGUUUAAAAGUUUUGUUUCUUCUGCGCAUUCGUCAUCGCUGUGCUUGGACACGACACGACGACAGAGCGAUCCGCGCCAGGCGGGUCGUGGCGUUUAUGUGCGCGGUGGGACGGAGUCGGCGAAUGUUUUUAAUCAUUUACGAUUUUGACUUCCGGUUAUUGGUGACCCCGGGCACCCGCCAUGAGGUUCGUUUAAUAAACAUGCGUAUCGAGGAUUUAUUUGGCUGUUCUACAUUUCAACAUAAGCCACUUCAGCUUUUAUCAUCUGUGGCCAGGACGCUUCUGGAAAAAAAAAGCGCUAUAUAGCUCAGUGGGCCUUACAUUGGUAUUUAAACAACAAAAAAAGUUGAUUUUUUUAAAAUUUAGUUUAGCGAGUCUUGUCACGCGCACAAAACGCGCCGAUGAGUGACUGACUUCAGCACCACCGGCGGUGUAGACGCAAGAUUAGCGUCCGCCUUACUUUCCGGAGCGUCUUAUAACCCGGAGAAUACAGUAUAUAUACAAAGUAUUAUUUUCCUCAGUUUUAUUGAGUCAACAAACCACCUCUGAGGGGAGGUCCAAUAAUGUUCUUCUGGGCCCAAAAAAGCCGACAUGAAUUGCAAGCAAUGGUACUGAACAGUAAAUAAUACUGCCUGGUCCGGAGAUUGCUUUUGUCGUAACAGACGAUGGUGCGAAACGAGCGUUGGACUUUCUGACAUCCAUGGUCACUGUGGUCAGGCUGUAGAAGGAUUUGCUUUAAGAGGAUAAUUUUUUUAAAGUAAGCCAACUUCAUAGCAGUCAGACAAAAGAGUUUUGCAAUACUGUAUUUGUGCAGGUUUCUGCUGGUGAAUUGUGAAUGGAUAUUUGUUCUGGAUAUAAUGAUUUGUUCCCAAAACCUCAUUCCGCAUGAUACCCAUGUUUCACUUAACUGGCAUUAUUCAUUCAGGGCAACUAUUCAAUUCAAUAAAAUAUAAAUAAAUUAGAUUGUGGUUACUCUAGCGGCCUCUCAUGGCCGAAAAUAUCACGCGAACCUAUGGCAUUACACUUAUAAGAACUGAUAAACAUUGGUUCUCACGCAUGUGAUUUGAUGUGUGUAUCGUGGCUAUAAGAAUCAAUAUUUACUGAUGAAUUGAUGCAUUGCUACAGCCGUAAUAUGUGUAAAUUCAUUAUGACAUUUGGCAAUUUAAACAUGUUUACACAUUUACAAUCCAUUUCACAUAUGCGUCUGUCGAUUAAUGUAGAUGAUAACGGAAUAGAAUAAUGAAAUAUGUAAUACAAGAAUAUUGUUGGAAAAAAAUCUAAACUUACAUGCAAAAAUGUACAGAUAAGAGUUGUGCGAACGCUAAGUCUACAAAAUGAGGUAAUCUCUUAAAAUAUUGUUUCGGAGUCUAAUCUGUCAUUCGGAAGCCUAUUGACUGCCCACACGAUGCAGAUUUCCUACCUGUGAAACAUGCCCUACACAUUUUCACACGGCUUGUUGUCACCCUCUUUGAUAUUUAACUGUAGCCAUCCGACUAUUGCGAAGAGAGUCUGUACACGUCCGAAUUACGGCUCACUCUCCUGAACAGCGACAUCAGAGAUUGCCGUAUUAUCGUAGCAUUACCAUUUGCGAAACUGCCAUGACCUACAUUAAUCUACAGGCGUCAUUAAGAGAGGGAUUGUCAAUAGUUGCACGGCCUGCCUCGAUGAAGGUCGGCUGUGGCAUGCACAGGUGAUAUCGUGGAUAAAAGAGUUACUGUAGAAUGGGGAAGAGGGUUGAGUCCCCUUAAAUGUGUCAACUGGAAGUCUAUUAAAGAAAUAGACAUUCGUCAACAACACUGCCUUACAAGAAGAAUGCAAAUCAUUGGCGACGUUAAGAGAAAUGGCCGUUCACAGCACAUGAAGAAGGGCCAUUGCCUGAAACGUCGCCUAUCAUAUUUAUUUUUAAGGUGGUGUUACUAACGAAUGUGAUGAAUUUUUAUGUUUUGUAUUAAAGCAAUACGGUUUGCAUGAGAAUGCUGCUCCCUAAUGGGAGAAUACACGUAUAUGUGUAUAUGUAUUUUGCAAAAAAAACUCUUAAAAACCUUG